AUGCACGACUUGCGCCUGAAGGUGCUCCGCGAAAGCGGCAAGACUGUCUCGAAGAAGGCUCGAUCGCGCCCCGAGUCUGCGCGAGCUUCUAUGAGAAAUUCGCCCAACGUUUCGCCCGGCCACUCCCAGAUGAACUCGCCUGCCCACUCACGCGCGGGCAGCCGUUAUGCCUCCGAGGAGGAGGGCAGCGACGACGAGUACGAAGACAACAUGACCAUGAGCACGCUCUCCAACGGAUCAGACACUGCGCUGGAUGACGCCACCGAAGCGUCGUGGGCGCAACUUCUUCAGGACCGUAUUGUCGAGCUGCAAGACCGGAAGCGAACGAAUACCAAGACUCGCGAGACCACGCUCAUGUCGUACCUCCACCUUGUCAAGCACCACUACGGCGGCCGUCAGAUCACCAGCUCCCUGACCGAGAUCGUCACGGCGCUGAUGAAGAACAUCAGAUCUGGGGGCAGCUCACUCGAACACCUCAUGUCGCUCAAGUCUCUCACAGCCACGCUACUCACCGUGCCGUCAGACGCUCUCUUUGACGACAUAUACCCGCAACUCGAGAAGACCCUGGAGGACGAUGACGACAAUGACGUGAAGGCCGCUGCCAUCUGGGCCAUGGCCAUCACAGUGAUGUACGGCGGCGGCGGCGAAGACGCCGCAAGCGAGUUCCUCGAGUACCUGGUCACUAUCGUGGAAAGCGACGGAGAGGCCGUCGGAGCAGCAGACAACGGCGACGUCGUCACGUCGGCACUCGAGGCCUGGGCCUUUGUUGCCAGCCAGAUGGAUGACAUUAGUGAGAACGUCUACUCAGCCAUCGACGCUUUCGUGGAGCAGCUCGACAGCACAGACGUCGAGGUGCAAGCGAGCGCCGGCUUCAACAUUGCCUUCAUCUUCGAGGCCGCGCGGGAACAAGAGGAGGAGACCGGCGAGCCAAUGAACCUGCAAUACGACCCGAAGAAGCUUGUUGCACGCAUGGCCGAGGCGUCCAAGCCAUCAGUGAAGCAGACGGCGCGAAGAGACAGGAGACAUUUGCGUAAGCAGUUCGCCAGCAUCGUCUCGUCCCUCGAGCACGGAAAGGGCCCCGGCUUCUCCAGUGCCGGCCGGCCGGCCUUCAACCCUCACACCGGCGGCACCAAGGCCGACCCUCGCUCCGGCGCCCGAGGCGACGACGACAACGACAUGCGCGGCUUUGGGUACCGCGAGAAGCUGCGCCUCGGUUCCUCCGUGGUGCUGAUCGACUCGUGGUCUCUCAUGGCCCGCGUCGAGGCGGCGAGGACCGUCCUGGGAGGCGGGCUGCCCACUCACUUCAACGACAACCCCACCGUGGCAGACCUUCUCGGCGGCGCCGAGACGGAAGAGCCAUCAGGACAGGGGUACGCAUUGCACCCUAGAGAUGCCAAGAAGAUGAGAAGAUAG